AUGAGUGAAGAAAAUGCCAAGGCGGUGCCCAGCGAUGCGCCGAGCACUACGCCCAGCACUGUGGUGCCACGGGUGGGCUUACUGGGACGGCUAAUUGGAAGCUCGCGAAAAGGAGGUAUCCCGAUUCCCCAGCAUCGCGAGCCAUCACCCGAAUACCAUGCUGGCAUCUUGAGCCGGCUGACCUUCUCAUGGAUGUCAUCUCUCAUGUUCAAGGGCUACACUCGGCCCUUGGAAGUCAACGAUAUCUGGCUAGUGAAUCCCGAUCGGACGACGCAUAAGCUCGCCGCGGAGCUCAAAGUCAACUUUCAGAGCAACAUCGAUCGCAAGUCCAAGCGACCGCUCCUGAGGGCGAUAUGGCAGACAUUCCGGAAAGAUGCCAUCAUCGGCGCAGCGGCGGCAUUUCUCUCCAGUUCUUGCCAAGUCAUCAUGCCACUUGUCGUCAAGUAUAUCAUCACAUUUGCUGAGGAAGCAUACUACGGGCGCGAACCCCCCAUCGGCAGGGGAGUCGGUCUUGUCAUUUGUCUGACCUGUCUGCAAGUGCUCGCUAGUUUUGGAAAUGCCCACAUGUUCUACCGCGGGAUGAUGAUGGGCGCUCAGACACGAUGUGCCCUCAUCUCAAUCAUCUUCGACAAGGCAAUGACAAUUUCCGGGCGCGCCAAGGUGGGUAAUGCCGCACUGGAACCGGUCCCCGCCAACAUCACGCCAGGGAGCGACGAGGAAAGAGAUCACUUUGCACGCCAACUGGAGAAGGACCCCAAAGGGAACCAAAAGGACAAUACGCCGCGCAGCAGCGCCUGGCCCAGUGGGCGAAUCAUCAACAUCAUGUCUGUCGACACGUACAGAAUUGACCAGGCCUGCGGUUGGUUCCACGUCGCUUGGUCCAACGUGCUCGGUAUUAUCGUCACAAUUGUGCUUCUCCUACUGAACUUGUCCUAUUCCGCCUUGCCCGGUAUUGGCAUCUUUGUUUUAUCACUACCAAUCUCCAUGGUGGGCAUGUUAGCCAUGUUCAGGCAGCGCAAGGUCAUCAACAAGACCACUGAUGAGCGAAUCACUAUAACACAGGACCUACUGUCGACUAUCCGCUUUGUCAAGUAUUAUGCCUGGGAGGGUGACUUCCUUCAGCGCCUGGCGAGGAUGCGCAAGAAGGAGAUUGGAGGAAUCCGUCGGAUCUUGGCGAUUCGCAACGGCUUGAACACGUUUGGCACGACAACUCCUGUGCUCGCCGCGAUAGUGGCUUUCAUUGUGUAUUUCAAAACUCAGAAUAACCUGAGCCCUGCUUCAGUGUUCUCAUCACUUGCUUUGUUCAACCAGUUACGAAUGCCACUGAUGUUCGUUCCCUUCAUUCUUGCCAUGAUUGCCGACGCACUCCAGUCUAUCGACCGAAUUGAGGAAUUCCUGGAGGCCGAAGACGGCCCAGUGGGGAAGGCCUCGCCGAAAUCAACGCACAUUUCCAUAACUAUGAAGGAUGCAGCAUUCACCUGGGAACAAAGCACGCCUCCCGAUCCAAAUGAGCGUCUUCGUACUACAGAGUUGACUGAAGACGAGAUGAGGGACAUGAAACUGGACAACAAAGAUGGCAAGAAAGGAGCGAAGAAGACCAAAAAGGGAGUGAAAGACUCCCAAAAGAAAGAAAAAGCCCAUUCUACGCCCUCUGAGAUUACCGAGGAGGAAACGACCCCGCCCGACACGCCACCAUUUUCUAUGCAUGGAAUUAACUUGCACAUCGAAGGGCCUGAGCUCAUUGGGAUUAUCGGCACUGUGGGCUCUGGAAAAUCAUCGCUGCUCUCGGCCGUCGCCGGGGAGAUGCGACGGACUGCAGGCGAAUUUACGACCGAAGGCAGACGAGCGCUUUGCGCCCAAGUUCCUUGGAUCCAGAGCACCACCAUCAGGGAGAACAUUACUUUUGGUCAGGAGUUUGAUCAGGCCAAGUAUGAUGCCGUCAUCGAUGCCUGUGCCCUCCAACCGGACCUCAGUAUCCUUCCACAUGGCAGCUUCACCGAGAUUGGCGAGAAGGGAAUCAACCUGUCAGGAGGACAGAAGCAUCGUGUUAGUCUAGCCAGGGCCAUAUACUUUGACCCAGACAUCAUUAUUCUCGACGACCCCUUGGCCGCAGUCGAUGCCGAGACCGGUGGCCAUUUAAUGGAGCAUGCCAUCUGCGGCCUUUUGAAGGACACAUGCAGACUGCUAGCCACUCACCAGGUGCAAUUACUCCAUCGCUGCGACCGAAUAAUUGUCAUGGAUAACGGAAGGAUCAUGGCAUGCGACACGUUGGACAAUUUGAUGAAGCGAAACGACGUCUCGAUGCGUAUCCUACAGACAGUACAGAUGGGUGUCGAACGCGAAAGUGCCGAUAUUGACGCGUCUCGAGACACCAUCAACAAGCCCGGAGCGCUGGAGGUCAAGUCAGAAGAUGCGAUCAUGCAAGAAGAGGACCGCCAGGUCAAGGGUAUAUCCUGGGAAGUUUAUAAGGCUUACGCUAGCUCGAUGGGAUCCAUGCUAGUUCCCAUCUUUGUACUGGCAACUCUGAUGGCCUACCAGGCGUGUAAUAUUGUCACUGGUUUGUGGCUGGCUUGGUGGUCGAGUGAUGAAUACAGCUUGGGCACUAAUUCAUACAUCGGUAUCUACGUUGCUCUUGGAGUGGCGCAGAGUCUUCUGCAAUUUGUAUCGAUGCUUGCAUUGUCUACUUAUGGAACCGAGGCGAGUAAGAGGAUGUAUCAGCAAGCCACGAAGAAUCUUAUGCACGCUCCGGUGGCCUUCUUCGACACCACACCCGUGGGCCGCAUCAUGAACCGCUUCUCCAAGGACGUCGACGUUAUGGACAACAACCUAUCCGAAUCGGUCCGUAUGGCAGCGACAACUCUUCUCACUGUCCUAUCCAUCGUGGGACUCACAGUGUCAUACUUUUACUACUUCGCCAUUGCCUUGGUGCCGGUGCUGCUGAUCUACGCAUUUGCAUCCAGCUACUACCGAGCGUCAGCCCGGGAAAUCAAGCGCAUCGAGGGUAUGCUUCGCAGCCCGGUAUUUGCACUCUUCAGCGAAGCAGUUUCAGGCACAAUAACCUUGCGUGCUUACGGAGAGACUGGAAAUUUCUCGAGUAGAAUUGUUUCCGCAAUCGAUGAUAUGGCCUCUGCGUACUACCUCACUUGUGCAAACCAGAGGUGGUUAAGUCUCCGUGUCGACAUCGUUGGCAUCGUCUUCCUCCUGGUGACAGGAAUGCUGGUCAUAACCAAUAAGUUUAAUGUUUCACCGAGCAUCAGCGGCCUUGUGCUCUCUUAUCUAGUCUCGAUCACACAGACACUGCUCUUCUCAGUGCGACAAGUGGCCGAAGUGGAGAAUAGCAUGACCUGCGUGGAGCGAAUCCACUACUACUCCAAUCACAUACCCCAGGAGGCUUCAGAUGAAUCAUCUACCACCAAAGUGGAAGAGAACUGGCCUGCCAAAGGCGAGAUCAUCUUCAAGGGCGUUCAAGCGCGUUACCGCCCCGCCCUGCCGCUCGUUAUCCACGAUCUGAACCUACACGUUCGCCCAGGUGAGAGAUUGGGCGUUGCAGGCCGCACCGGGGCUGGGAAGUCUAGCAUCAUGGCAGUCUUGUUCCGCAUAGUGGAACCGUCCGCCGGUUCAAUUACUAUCGAUGGAGUGGACGUCUCGGGGGUGCGCUUGCAUGAUCUCAGAUCGCGCAUGUCAAUUGUUCCCCAGGAUGCCACCGUGGUCCGUGGCACAGUACGCUCCAAUCUCGACCCUUUUCAUAAGAAAUCGGAUGAGGAGCUGUGGGAGGCACUCCAGCGGUCACAUCUCACGGCUACGCCUCGCAAUGAUCAGGCCAGUCAGAAUCCUAGUACUGGUAGUACCAUCACAUUGGACACAGUACUGGAACCAGAGGGUUCCAAUCUAUCACAUGGCCAGCGGCAGCUGCUGGCGCUGGCACGUGCUCUCGUACGUGACUCGCAAAUUAUCGUCGCCGACGAGGCGACGAGCUCCGUCGACCUAGAGAGUGAUGCCGCCAUUCAGCACACCAUAGCCACCGCGUUUCGAGGUAAAACCUUGUUGUGCAUUGCACAUCGACUUCGGACAAUCAUCGGCUAUGAUCGUGUGUGUGUCAUGGAUGAGGGCCGUGUAGCUCAACUUGGUGAACCCCUGACUCUUUAUGACGAUGAAGAUGGCCGUUUCCGGAAGCUCUGUAACGAGAGUCGGAUCACCAGGGAUGAGGUGGUUGCAGCCACAGCUGCAGCUGCAGGGGCCAGGACGAAUAAAUAG